GUGAUCCUGCUAUGAAACAGUUUCUACUUCAUUUGGAUGAAACCAACGCUCUCGGGAGAAAGUUUGUGAUUCAAGACCUGGAUGAAACGCAUCUGUUCCUAUCAGCUGAUAGCAUUGAUUUACUUCAAGAGAAAAUUGACGACCUCAUGGACAAACUGAACUUUCCCAUAGGUGACAAGCCUCAGUAACUGAAGACAUUUAAACUAGGGUGUAGAUUUAUUGGGAAAAUAAAUAUAAACUGUAGUGUUAUAUUCUGGAAAAAUAAGAAUGGCAAAUUUACUAAAAAUAUGGAGAAUUGCCUAUUCAGCAAACAUUCGUACUGCAAUCUUUUCUUGUAGCCAUGGUUACACUUCAUCGUCAGUACAAGAUGCCUCUGGAAACCAAGCAAAACCCUCGGGGUUCACAAAAUCAAAAACAUUUCAGCUUUUAGGCCAGCAGAUGAAUGAAGCGAAUCUGCCUGAUAAUGAUGUUGAGGAGAAAGAAAGUUUUGCCACAAUGUUACGUCACUCUAAGCUAAUGCAAUUAGGCAACCCUGAAUCACGUAUGCUGAUUGGAACAAUAAUAAACCUCAUAGAUGAUGAUUUAUACAUUGAUUUUGGUGGCAAGUUUCCAUGUGUGUGCAAAGUCCCUGCUGUUCGUAGCAACGAGUACACUUUAGGCAGAAAGGUCCGGUUGAAAUUACUAGAUUUAGAGUUAUCCUCAAAGUUCCUAGGUGCCACCAAGGAUGUAACUCUACUGGAAGCUGAUGCUGUACUCAUUGGUCUUUACUUCCCACCAGUUUAUAAAGAGUGACCUUUAAAACUAAAUGACUUGAAUCAGAUGUGUUUGCAACAAUGUGUCCAAUAUAUAUAUUGUCUCAUUUUUUCAUUGUAUGUUUAUGGAGAUGUGGUUAAUUGCUAACCCACAUUAGCGAAUAUCUCACAAAUGUAAAAUAAAAAAAAUGAAAUGAAGAUAUAAAAAGAUUGAAAAUGUUAAUACACUGUAUGUGUGUUCUUACAAAAUAUUUGUUGCAUGAAUAAGUGUGUGCAUUGAACAUCCACACAGCACAGCCUCAAAAUACCCAUUGCAGAUGUUUACUUAAGAAUAACAGCUAUAUGUUACGUUUGACAUUUUUUGAAAAAUUCUCUCUUUGAAAAUUUUCUUAACCCAAAAGAUAAGUAAUUGAAAUACCACAGUACAAUAUUAU